AUGGUUAUCAAAAAGCAAACCAGCUUGCUGUAUAACUCAGCAUCCGAUGACGUCAAACAACAGGUAGCGAUGUUCAUUGAAGAAGCAAAGCAAAAGAAGAAGACAGAGUUGGAGGAGACAAAGGGCGCAGAGGUGGUUGACCAUCAAGUAUAUAUUGAUAGACUCCCUGUCCUUAUGGGUGGCCCAACACCAGCCAUGGGAGGGAAGAUUGUCGUCCAGAGUUUUCAUGUUGGUGCGACUGAAGUUGGAAAUCAGUUCGACCAAGUAUAUCCUGAGUUUGACUCAGGGAUCAUGCGGCCAUGGAAAGAGUUCACCAAGUGCAUGUUUCAUAAGUCCGAGUCUGACCUGUGCGCGGUUGCAGCAGUAAAGGAGCAAGGAAGUGUUUAUAGUGCAAGUCAACAUUCGACACUAGAGCCUGAGUUAUUGAAAGACGUCGACAGCACCUAUGAUGUAUCAGAGAUGGUAGAAAAAUUCCCACGUGAUAUCUUAAUGGUGUCCUCCACAUCAUUUCCUCAUGAAUCCAAACCGCUCGGAUCCUCGUCUUCUCAGUCUCCAUUAUCAACAAUGCCCCCAUUAUGUCCUUUGCAUUCAGCUUCUCAGAUGCACUUGGAUUCUGAUGCUGUCUCUUCGAUGCACUUGGGCUCCAAUGUUAUCUCUUUGAUGCUGGCUGCAGAAGGAUUCUAUGAGUUCUUGAGUAUGUACGGGACUCGGGAAAUUCCACAAAUACAAUCACCACUGCCUCCCACACAUGGGCCCAUACUGCCUUCUACCUCUCUUAUGCCAAAGCCGCUUAGUAUCUCUGAGGUCGCCUCAUCAGCAAAUAAUAACAUCACACCACAGCAGGCUUCACCUUUGCCUGUCUGUCAGGUCAAUACACCUUCUCAGUCUGAUAUACAAGGUAGGCAGUCAUCCAGCAUGAUUACUGAUCUUAUCACGAAGGAUGCCAUGGUUCCUGUUGAGUCCCAUUCACAAACUCCCUCCAUUCCUGUCAAGUCACAUCCACGGGCUCCUUCCAAGUCUACCUCCAUGGAGCCUUCCCUCAUGUCCACAGAUACAGAGCCUGCACCUGUGUCCACCUCAGUAGAGCCUUCCCCCAUGUCCACAUCCAUAGAGCCUGCACCUGUGUCUAGCUCCACCUUGGCAGAGCCUACACCCUCCAGUAAGGUGACCGUGUCACUGAUUGUCAGUCCCACCUCGGCAGAGUCUGCACCUGUGUCCAGCUCCACCUCGGCAGAGCCUAUACCCUCCAGCAAGGUAACCGUAUCACUGAUUGUCAGUCAUGGCAAAUGA